UUUUUUUUAUUGCAGAAUAUAAGCUUGGUUAAACCCAAGAGUUUUGAGCAUAGGACUUCAGUUUGCUGAAGGGCAGCAAAGAUUUCUUUGCAAUACGUCCCUUGAGCCAUAUUUUACAAUAAUGACCGCGCUUCUUGUGAAGAUUAAUUAUGGUCUUCGAGACCUUUCAUACAUGGAGUUGAAGAAAAGUGGAUUUGAAAAGGUGGGAAACAAAGACGAGUGGAUGCAAAUGAAGGCUGUAUUCUAUUUUGAGAAGUACUACGCUGAAACUAAACCAUUCCGUUGCUCGAAAAAAUUCCGCCGCGAUUGGUUCUCGGGUGGCAUUUCCAUGCACGUUCACAAAUUGAUCAAUGGAUUCCAAGUAGAAAAGCGUUGUUCCAGGCUGGAGCACUUGAAUCGAAUUUUCUCUAUCGAAGCGGUUCCAUGGGGAGAAUAUCUCUUGGAGGUGAAUGCAAAAUUUUUGGAGCAAUCGGGCAUAAAUGUGCGCAUUAAUCAAGAGAUGGUUUGCCGACGGUGUUCGAGUGGACGCAUUUUUGCGUUGCAUCACGGGGACCUCAUAGAGUUCUAUUAUCUUCAACAACCAUUCUUUCGAAUGAUGUUCCUGCUGCCUGAUGAUGGACAUCGUGAGAGGGAGAAACAGAAUUCUUUACUGCUUUCAAGUACUUGGCUGAUCCAGAAAAGCAUUUUUGAGUACCUGACUCCCAUGGAAGCCAUGAAAAGUGUCGUCCCAGUCUGUCAAGGAUUUUUUGAUUUAGUGAGGAAUGGGGGCAUUUGGACGAACCUUAAGCUACUUGUGAUGAACGAUCACACAAGCAUUCCCUACAAACAUCAAGAUGACUUCCGUGACGUUUUUGCAAAACAUGCUCGGAGUGUUGCAAUUGAUAUGGAAGAUGAUGCUUUGCGACAACUGUACACGCCGCCGAACGCAACGCUUCCAUUCUUUCGAGUUGCUGACUGGAAAAACUUGAAAUCGCUUGAAAUUAAUUCCUGGAAUGAUGAUUAUUCCUUGGCUGUAUUUCUCAAAGGGAAAGCUUUGGCCAAAUUGGAGUCACUGAAAAUUCCCAUGUACAGGGGGUUUCUGCAUGAAGCAAAAGAUGAAAGGCUUGUGCUUCCCAUGUGCCAGCAAGUCACUAUGCUAUGUUCCGUCGAGCGGGAGUGUGCAGGGGAUCUAAGGCUGAUUUUUCCCAGAUUGAAGAGCUUGCAUUUGAAAAAUAUUCAUUAUGAAAACUAUUGGAGCCAAGAAGAUGAUGCGUUUUCUGUCGUUCCUGCGAACAGUGGAAAGCAAAUCCUUCAGUUCCUUGGCACCGGUGUGCUUCGAAGUUUUCAUGCCGAGAGUCUUUUGUUGCUCAUGGAUCAUUCGACUUGGACCUUGGCUCAGAAAUUGGGAACUUUCUCAAAUUUGGAGUCCCUCAGCUCGAGUGAAGACAUUUUCCGAAAUAUGCCCGUGUUUCAUGCGGAAAAUGUUCUAUUUCCGAUGUUGAAGUCUCUUUGGGUGCAAAAGUCAACACCAGAAAGAGCGGUCCUGUGUUUAUCUCAAAUGCCUGCAUUGGAAAAACUGUGGAUUUCCUGCGUUGAUCCGACAUCAAUAAGUGACCAAAUGCCACUUGAUGCAUUUGCCGAGUGCCCCGAAGAAUGGCUUGCAAAUCUGAAGUUCAUCUCUGCCGAUUUGUGGGAAACAAAUAUUCCUUAUUCGAAAAUGGCCAACUUGGAAUGUGUGGGAUUCUCAUUUCAACAUAAAAGGGUCACCAGAUCCUUGGAAAGUGUUUUUGAAGAACUUCGUGGGUGUUCUAAGCUCAGAGGAUUGAUUCUACAUGUGCCGGAAGGCCUUCAGUGUCAAGUCCUGAGUCAAAUAUCUCAAAAAUUGGAGUUUGCUGCUUUGUCGGGCCUCCAUCUCCGCAGCCUGGUAUCCGCCCUGAAUUUUCUUGCUCAGAGUCAAAAUUCCCUGGAAGACCUUUGGAUUGAAAUGUCCGACCCUGAAAAUUUUGAAGAAAUCCUGCCAGCGUUGAGGAAUUUCGAGCGCCUCAAGAACGUUGUUUUCGUGGUUAUUGAUCAUACCUGUGAUUCCGAAAGAUCGUCACUCUCGUGCGACGAAGCAAUCCAGAGGCACUUUGGUUUUCCGUGCAAGCAAGGAUCAGCAUCACCGACGAAGAGCAUCUGCUGUGAACAAGAUAUUUCGGUUGAAAAGGCUACUUUGUUUAUCUACGGGCAAGAUUUUUCUGACUCCAUCUCAUACAGCUUCCAUCAGCAGCAGCAGGAAAAAGUGAUGACAUUGUCCUCCUCGCCGAUUACAAACUUCUUCUCCGACUGGUUGAAGAAUGUCCCGAGCUGCGACGAAUACCUCGAUGCUCCGCAAUACGCCAUCGUUCCGUCCAUUUUUCCUUAUAAUAUCCCGUUACUCUCGGCUGAUGAAUAA